AUGGCGAACAGAGGAUUUGAAUUCCCCGUAUCAGUCACUGCGGCUGAUACACCUACGCCUCUCCCCGGCGUCACUGCGACUUACGCCCCUGGUACCCCCUUCAUCGCCACUGCGGGUUACGCGCCUACGCCUUUCUCUGGUGCCACUGCGGCUUACGCGCCUGCACCAUCCUUCCCCGGCAAUUCGACUUACGCGCCUACGCCUCUCUUCGGCGGCACUACGGCUUACCCGCCUACGGCUCUCUUCGACGCCCCUACGGUUUGUCCACCUACGCAAUUCUUUGCAAUCCCUUCGCAAUCUUCUGCUCUGGAUGUGGAUCUGUCUUUCCGCACUCCGGGCAUAGCAUUUACUCCACCCACGCCUUCCAAAUCUCAUGUGGGAAAUCCGCCCACUUCCUCAGCAACUCAGUCCUCCUCUGUAUUGCAACCAUCAAAUGCGUUUUGCACUGUUGCUUCGUCUUCAUCAACCACUAGUCCACAUACAAUUACAAUUCCUUUACCUGGUGAAGGGACUGCACUAGCACAGACCACUACUUCUGCUGCUGUAACCGUACCAACAUCUGGGAUGUCAUUUUCAUCAGGACCAACUUCCACUGCCAAUUCUGCUGCAUAUCCCCGUUUUACCUUAUCGUCUUCAGAGGCAUCUGCAACAAGAACUGCAUGUUCAGUAACUGCUAACACUCGAGAGUGCGGUAGGGCCAUGGAAAAAAUAUAUGCUGCUAUGGUAGAGAUGGAUGAACUUUAUGAGAGAUUAGCAAGGGCAGAGUUUGUGAGAGGUGUGGCCCUAAUUGAGAGAGACCAAGCUCAAGCAGAACGGAAUAGUCUGCAGAUCCAACCUGAUCAGGUCCGAGAGAGGGAGAGACAAAUGCAGAUAGAGGUGCAACAACUAUGUGCUAAGAUAGAUGGACUCAAACAAGAGCAAGAUCGUAUGCAGCAACUAUGUGCUAAGACAAGGGAGAAUGUUAGCUUGAGAGAGGCACAAGGGAGAGCAGAGGGGCAUCCAGAGGGAUUCGUUUUGUUAUAG